ACCACUGUGGUUUAUACUCCGCCGGUAAUUGUCAUUUAAAAAUUUAUAAGUUUAUUAAGACGCGGACAUUUUUCCGAAGUUGUGUGGAAUAAAGUAUAUACAUACAUAUAUAAAUCAUAUAAAUUUGGGAUACACGUAGAAAAUGCCGACAUGGAACCAAAUACUAUCGCAGCUACGCAACCCCAACAAUCCUGUGGUUUUCUUUGAUGUAUCUGUUGGUACCACGGAAAUUGGGCGAAUGAUUUUCGAAUUAUUUGCGGAUACAGUACCAAAAACAGCUGAAAAUUUCCGACAACUUUGCACAGGAGAAUACCGGCCAGACGAUGUACCAAUGGGAUAUAAAGGCGCUAGUUUCCAUCGGGUUAUUAAAGAUUUUAUGAUCCAAGGAGGUGACUUUGUCCAUGGAGAUGGUACUGGUGUAAUGAGCAUAUAUGGCGGCACAUUUUCCGAUGAGAAUUUCACGCUAAAACAUGAUUCGCCAGGCCUUCUUUCUAUGGCUAACAGUGGCAAAGAUACAAACGGUUGCCAAUUUUUUAUCACUUGUGCCAAAUGUAACUUCCUUGAUGGAAAACAUGUUGUUUUUGGACGUGUGCUAGACGGACUGCUGAUAAUGCGAAAAAUUGAAAAUGUUCCUACGGGCCCAAACAAUAAACCUAAACUACCAGUUACGAUAUCACAAUGCGGACAAAUGUAGAAGCUAAACCAUCUUAUUUUUAAAUAAUAAUACAUUUUAAUUAGAAUAAAACAUUA